GCCGGGCGUAGAGCGGGCGGGUUCCCGGGGGCUGCGGCUGCCGGUGCCUCCCCGGUCCCCACCCCUGCGCCCCGGCCCCCCGACCCAGCUCCCCGGCCCCGGAGGCUGUGACAAUGGACUAUGACUUUAAAGUGAAGCUGAGCAGCGAGCGGGAGCGGGUCGAGGACCUGUUUGAAUACGAGGGCUGCAAAGUUGGCCGCGGCACUUACGGUCACGUCUACAAAGCCAAGAGGAAAGAUGGGAAAGAUGAUAAAGACUAUGCUUUAAAACAAAUAGAAGGAACUGGGAUCUCUAUGUCGGCAUGUAGAGAAAUAGCAUUACUUCGAGAGCUUAAGCAUCCAAAUGUCAUCUCUCUUCAAAAGGUAUUUCUGUCUCAUGCUGAUAGGAAAGUAUGGCUUCUGUUUGACUACGCUGAACAUGACCUCUGGCAUAUAAUCAAGUUUCACAGAGCUUCUAAAGCAAACAAGAAGCCAGUUCAGUUACCUCGGGGAAUGGUGAAGUCACUAUUAUAUCAGAUCCUAGAUGGGAUUCACUACCUGCAUGCUAACUGGGUGUUGCACAGGGAUUUGAAACCUGCUAAUAUUUUAGUUAUGGGUGAAGGUCCUGAGCGAGGAAGAGUAAAAAUUGCUGAUAUGGGCUUUGCCCGAUUAUUUAAUUCACCUUUGAAGCCUUUAGCAGAUUUGGAUCCGGUGGUUGUGACGUUCUGGUACCGAGCCCCAGAGCUACUCCUGGGGGCAAGACACUAUACCAAAGCUAUUGAUAUUUGGGCUAUAGGGUGUAUAUUUGCAGAACUACUAACGUCAGAACCAAUAUUUCACUGUCGACAAGAGGACAUCAAAACUAGUAAUCCUUAUCACCAUGACCAGCUGGACAGAAUAUUCAAUGUAAUGGGAUUUCCUGCAGAUAAAGAUUGGGAAGAUAUAAAAAAGAUGCCUGAACAUUCAACAUUAAUGAAAGAUUUCAGAAGAAAUACGUAUACCAACUGCAGCCUUAUCAAGUAUAUGGAAAAACAUAAAGUUAAACCAGAUAGUAAAGCAUUCCACUUGCUUCAGAAGUUACUUACUAUGGACCCAAUAAAGCGAAUUACCUCAGAACAGGCUAUGCAGGAUCCCUAUUUCUUAGAAGAUCCACUUCCUACAUCAGACGUUUUUGCCGGUUGUCAAAUCCCUUACCCAAAACGAGAAUUUUUAACAGAAGAAGAACCCGAUGACAAAGGAGACAAAAACCAGCAGCAGCAGCAGGGCAAUAACCAUACUAAUGGAACCGGUCACCCAGGGAAUCAAGACAGCAGUCAUACACAGGGACCCCCAUUGAAAAAAGUGAGAGUUGUUCCUCCUACCACUACCUCAGGUGGACUCAUCAUGACCUCAGACUAUCAGCGUUCCAAUCCACAUGCUGCCUAUCCCAACCCUGGACCAAGCACAUCACAGCCACAAAGCAGCAUGGGAUACUCAACUACCUCCCAGCAGCCUCCACAGUACUCACAUCAGACACACCGGUACUGAGCUGCGCUGGACUGUUGUCAAUGCACUGUUGCUAGCGCUGCAGGACUCUGACGGUGCAGCUCUCUGCGGGAACCUGGGAUGGGCCAUGGGAAUGUACUGUACACCCACAUCCUCAAACUGUCCAGUAGCCAAGUUCCACCACUUUUCACAGAUCGGGGUAGUGGCUUCCAAGUUGUACCUAUUUUGGAGUUAGACUUGAAAGAAAGUGCUAGCACAGUUUGUGUUGUGGAUUUGCUACUUCCAUAGUUUACUUGACAUGGUUCAGACUGACCAAUGCAUUUUUUUCAGUGACAGUCUGUAGCAGUUGAAGCUGUGAAAUGUGCUAGGGGCGAGCAUUUUGUCGUUGUAUGUGGUGAAUUCUUUCAGUGUAACAACAUUAUCUGACCAAUAGUACACACACACACAAAAGUUUAACUGGUACUUGAAAUAUACAGUAUAUGUUAACUCAACAGAAUAAUCAAGACUCAAAAUGAGAUUAUUUUGGUACAUCCUUCAUUUUAGUGUCUUAUCAGUGGGUUGAUUCAUUUUCUACAUUAAUCAGUGUUUUUCGACCAAGACUAUUGCUUGGGUUUUUUUGAAAGUAUAAAAGCCACAUAGUUUUUCCAGAAAGGUUUCAAAACUCCCAAAGAUUAAUUUCCAACUUAUAAGUUUGUUUUUAUUUUCAAUCUAUGACUUGACUGGUAUUAAAGCUGCUAUUUGAUAGUAAUUAAAUAUGUUGUCAUUGAUAUAAACCUGUUUGGUUCAGCAAACAAACUGAAAUGAUUGUCAUAGACAGUGUUUUAUUUUUCCUGUUGGUGUUGCUGAUUAGUGAGCAUGCUUUAAGACGAAAAAAGCAUGAAUGAUAACUUCCUCUGAAAGGUGCGGCAUCCAAUUCAGAUAUUUUGUCCUGAUUUUAAAGCUGGUUGGUGUAGUGCUAUUAAAAUUUUGUUCAGUUAAUUUUCUUUUUUAAAACUUGUUCGCACGUUGUUUAGGGUGCCCUUACUUCAGCAAAGGAGAAAGAGUAGGAGAGCCUUAGAAUUUUUGAGGAAAAAAAAAAAAACCUAUAACAUACAAUGUACUGUAUCAAACUAUUUUACAUGAAUGACACAAGUAUUCUGAAUUUAAAAAAAAA